AUGGCUGGCUUGAAGCUGUCCCUUUUUGUCCUGUUCCUACUCGCUUUUGGCCCGAGUCAGGCCGGUCUACCCUGUGCUAGGCUCUGUGUGGUAAGCCGCACUGGUUCUUGCCCUAGGCUCGGGGGGAUCAUGAUUGUCGCGAGUGGAGGCACGAAGCCUUGUGCCACGUGCAACACGACCGGGAUGGCCGAUGAGAAUCCACUCGGGUGUCUCCCAGGUGAUCUGAAGAAGCUGCAAGUGGCGGGGCACUCCGACAGAAGCGGCGAGCUGAAACCACUCCCCCGCCUUGCUCAGCUCCGCAAUCUGAUCCUCGGGCCCGGAAACAUCCGUACCGUUGGAAGAGAAGCAUUCGCACAUGUGCCCGGAAUUUUGACGCUAUCCAUGGACAAGAACGCCAUCAAAACCGUUGGAAGCUGGUUUGGCGAAAUCACCAAGCUACAGAAGCUCGCGCUGUCUUGGAAUGAAAUCGAAGGAAUCAAGGAGAAUGCUUUCCAGCCACUGAGGCAGCUGGGCUAUCUGGAUCUGAGGCAUAACCGGCUUCGUGUUGUCGAAGAAAGGCACUUCUCAGGUCUGACAAGACUCUGGGCUCUGCACCUCAGCUACAACAACAUCUCACACAUCGCUGGGAAGUCGUUCGACCGUCUGUCCAGGCUACUCACGCUCUCCCUGGAUCACAACAAGAUAUCGUUCCUCGGCACCGAAUGGCUACAGGGAUUAUCUCGAAGGCAUGUCUACAUCCAUGAAAAUCCCUUCCGUUGCACCUGUGCGCUGUCGCGGGCUUCACCGUCUUCUCUUUGUUUCGCAAAUCGGGACGGAAUGCGAUGCAGCUACCCCCCGGGCCUCUCUGGGAGAAAGGUUGAUGACGUUGCGAGGGGAGAGAUGCCGUGCCGGCCACCCGCAGCCAAGGUGUCACGCCGAGACCACGGAACCACUCUCGUGUGUGAGGUCUUCUGGGAGAAGCGACCAGAGAUCGAGUGGAUGGAUCCAAGAGGGAGGGCCGUUGGAGACCGACAGGCACAAGACCGAUGCGGCGGCACGGUGACCACACGCCUGGAGCACGAGUACCCCACCACCCAGUCUCCUGAAGGGGGACAAGUGCUCCCAAGAGACGCCCCCACCCUAACCUACAUCGGCAUGUCCACCUCCACCCUCCAGAUGAACCGGCAAGCCUACCGGUGCUGGACGGGGGGCAGCUUCCGGUGCGUCGUGAAGUCCGCAACAACAGGAAGCGUCUUUGAAGAUCUGCCGCUGACCAAAUCAAGUGAACAAGACCCGGGGCACGACCACACCGUGACGACAGCGGCCGCCUACACCUUAACAACUGCCCAGCGGAACGCAAGGGUGACGGAAAGGGUCGCCAAAACUCCGGACAAGAACCCCCGGCAGGACGGCAUCACUCCGGCAGCUGAAGCAGGAAGCAUGGGCCAAGCCAAGACCAACAAACCCCGGCAGGAUGGCAUCACUCCGGCAGCUGAUAAGGCAGAACGGCGCACCGUGAUGACAACAGUCUUCACCCUCAAACCUACCCGGCAGAACGGAAGGGUUAAAGAAAACAAGAGUAAAGCCACGACCAAGAACGGCCAGCAAGAUGGCGCGAACCCACCAGCUGAGAACCCACUGCAUACCAUGCCGAUGGUGUUUCUCUACAUAAUAACCGGACUCGUGGCUGGCCGCAAGUGCUACAAGAAGCGACAAGAGAGGCGCCAAUACUUACACGGCAACGCAGUCGCUAUCGUAGGCAUACCGCUGCAAAACCUCCAGCCACUGGCCGCAGCCCCCACGACUGGGAACCCUGUACCUCCUCAACAGGCGAACGAUGACAUCCCGGACGACGCAUCCAUUACUCCGUAUGCGGAAACGUCGCGUCUGGAAAACCCCAUGUACGACGCAGACGUGAUGGGACCAAGAGGUGCGACCUCGGCGUCCCCAGACCCUCGGACAGGACCUAGCCGGCUCGCCAACUCCAGGGCCACGUCACAGCCAGGGGGCUCGGGCACAGCUCAGGCGGGAAAUGCCCCAGUUCCACCUCCGCGAUCCGACAAGCCAGGCAUCGCCGCCAGCGACUCUCACUACUACCCACCAGGCACGGCCACGACUCGAGCAAAAGACGUCCCGACCGGACCUGCCGAGACCAACAGGCGCGUCAACCCUAACGUGUCGGCACAGGCAAAACGUUCAGGCAUGUCUGCUACGCGAAGAAACCGCAGUGCAUCCUGUGGCAGCAGAAGAGCCUCCUACGACAACCGCAGGGCUUCCUACCACAACCGCAGGGCCUCCUACGACUCGCAGGUCGAAGGCGCCAACUUGUACCUUGACCUGAACGGCCCACCACGCCACUCUGGCUCAGACAUGCCUCAAGCAGAAGACGUCAACUCAAGCGUCUCAGUACAUCCCAAACGUUUGGGGACGGCUACCCUGCCAAGAACAAGUGGAAGAGCCUCCUACGACCCGCGAAGCUUGGGGAUGGACGAAGAGGUGAACGUCGAAGGUCCCAACAUUUACCUUGAUCUGAACGGCCUAAAACGGCACUCUGGCUUAGAGAUGCCUCAAGCAGAAGACAUCCCGGAUCCACUUCCACGGACCAACAGAUACGUCAACUCUAACGUGUCAGCACAUCCACAAGGGUUCGACAUGCUUCAGGCAGAGAGAAUUCUGGAUCCACUUCCACGGAUUCACACGUACGUCAACUCUAACUUGUCAGAACAUCCACAAGGCUCGGACAUGCCUCAGACAGAGAGAAUUCCGGAUCCACUUCCACGGAUUCACACGUACGUCAACUCUAACGUGUCAGCACGCCCACAAGGCUCGGACAUGCCUCAGACAGAGAGAAUUCCGGAUCCACUUCCACGGAUUCAUACGUACGUCAACUCUAACGUGUCACCACACCCACAAGGCCCGGACAUGCCUCAGACAGAGAAAAAUCCGGAUCCACUUCCACGGAUUCACACAUACGUCAACUCUAACGUGUCAGCAGAACCACGACGCACCUGA